UUCCUUACACACAUCAUCGACACUUCAACGAUCGAUCGAGCUUAUUUUGCAUUGGUAUUUUAGUGUUGUUUCAAGAUAUCAGAGAAUAUAAAGAUGAAGCAACAGUACCACUCACUCUUCUCCUUUUCAUUUUUCCUUCUUUUCCUCCAUUGUACCACUACCUUUGCUCAGACGUCACCAGCUGCAACCCCAGCACAGGCACCAGCUGUGGUUGUAGCACAACCUCCAGCUGCAACCCCGACACAGGCAGCUCAACCACACGGCAUCACAAACGUCACCAAAAUCCUUGAGAAGGCUGGCCAUUUCACGAUCUUUAUUCGCCUUUUGAGGUCCACCCAAGAGGAAAACCACUUAUUCUCCGCACUUAAUGAUUCAAGCUCUGGUGUAACCAUCUUUGCACCAACUGAUAGCGCAUUUUCGGAACUCAAAUCAGGAACUCUCAACACUCUAAGUGAUGGAGACAAGUCUGAGUUGGUGAAGUUCCAUGUAGUUCCUACUUUCUUAUCGACCUCCCAGUUCCAGACCGUGAGUAACCCUCUCGGAACAUGGGCUGGAACAGGUAAUAGGUUACCACUUAAUGUCACAAGUUAUCCAAACUCCGUGAACAUAACCACAGGACUUACCAAUACCAGUUUAUCCGGCACGGUAUACACGGACAACCAGCUAGCCAUUUAUAAGAUUGAGAAGGUGCUACUUCCUAAGGACAUUUUUGCUUCAAAGGCUCCAGCUCCAGCACCGGUGGCACCUGCACCAGAAAAGCCUACAAAGGCAGUUCCUGCAGCAACCGUAGAGAGUCCCGUGGCUCCUGUGGAUACAUCUAGUGCACUUAUGUUCACACAAAAUCAUGUGGUGGGAUCAGUUGGCAUAUUUGCUGCUGCAAUGUUUGCUCUGUAAUGUAAACGGUUUUGAAUCUUGAGAUGAUAUUUGUUGGGGCUGGGUCUGGUUAUUUUGAUGUUUUAUUUUCCUGAGCUGUAUAUAUUGAAUCUGUUGAAUAAUUCCGAUUUUAUCUUGAAUCCA